GCAUAUAUAUGUGAUAAAUACAGCUUAUAUAUGUGAAAGAAUUUUGAUGUCUCUCGUACGUGGACAGGCCAACGUUUUCUCGAAUUUAGGCUUGUUCCUCUUGAUUCUUCCCGGCCUCUGUUCUCUAGGUAUCUACCUUUCUGAGAGCAAGUUAUGUGAGCAUGGAUGUUUGACUGGACUAGGUCAGCAAAGUCAGCCUCUUCUCUCUCUUUCUCCCUUGCACAUUCCAUUCAUCGCGGAAAUUGGCAAUGGCUCCUAGGUGCAUAUAUAGUACGCUUGUACUUUUAAAGUAGUACCUGAGCUUCGAGUUCAUCAUUGUUUGGCCAAACCAAAACUCUCUCUCUCUCUCUCUCUCUCUCUCUCUCUCUCUCUCUCUCUCUCUCUCUACAUAUAUAUUGGAACUUGGGUUUGUGAUUGAUCGGAGGAUCGAGUUGAAGGCCAGAUAGCUUAGCUGCAGGGGGAGGACGAUAAAAGCAUGAGAGGAUUUGAGAGGAGGGGCGUCCGGCAGUACAACCGGUCGGAUGAGCCACGGAUGCGUUGGACGGAGGAGCUUCACCGGCAGUUCAUCGAGGCCGUCGACUGCCUCGGCGGCCAGGACGAGGCAACACCAAAGCGAAUUCUUCAGCUGAUGGGCACAAAGGGAGUCAGCAUAUCUCACAUCAAAAGCCAUCUCCAGAUGUACAGAUCAAGCUCUAGCGGCAGCGGCAGCAGCAAUCCACCCCAUGCAUCAGUGAAUCGUUGUCAAGAUCACUGCGUCGAUGGGCACAUCACGGCAACAUCGGCUUCAGACAGGAUCGACAUUCCCUCUUACGCUGUGUUUGGUCGCGGCCACCACUCGAUGUUACCGCCGUGCCAAUUACCGUCCAUCGAGGAGGUUUUCAGGAGCUGGGAGCAGAGUAGAGGGCGGCUGCAAUGGAACUCCUCCGGCAUGCUAAAUACACCAGAGAAGGCGACUGGCUGGUCACAUCACGCUAAUGGCAAGAUGUGUCAGAAGCAGCAGCGGGCAGCGGUGGGGUGUGACCUGACGCUAUCGGUUGGCCGGUGGGAGGAGGAGGUCGCGAGUAGUGACACUGACAUCUCGAGCACGACCACUGAGGAGGCCGUCGUGCCGGCAAGGGGUCAAGGGGCUAGUGGCCACCGCCGCCCUGAGGCUUCCGCUGAUCUGAACCUUGACCUGAACCUCGAUCUUGCCAUCUCAUCUUCUUGGCUCUGAUGUGUUAUCUAUAACCUGCUAUGUAAAUAUAUAGAGUUGCAUUUUUCUAGAGGUACAUAAUAUGUAUAUUUCGAUUGAUGUAUGGUAGAUCAAUAGAAAUGCGGGUUGCUUUUAUGGCAGUUGACUAAUCCUUUGGUCUAGUUGACGAACUGCCGCACCUUUGCUAUUUGCCACCCUGCUGAGCAUGCCAGAAUCGCUAAUCUUCUUAAUUCCAAGAUUGGUUCCUUUCUGACCAAGUAUUAUUGAGCUUGAAGUUGAAUUUCAUCGUAUUGAGCUUAAAGUUGGAUCUACAGGUGC